AGGAGUGGACAAAAGUCCCCAAAACGAUGUCGUGUGUCACUGUACUUUAGAGUCUCUCGCCUUGGAUGUGCUUUUUGACCUCUUCUUCUCUCUCAGUCUCUCUCUCUCUCCCUCCAUCCAAAACAAAACAAGCCCUUUCUCUCUCCUCUCCUUUCUUCUCUUCUCCCUGUCCUCCCAUUCAUUAAACCGCCGGAGCAGAAACCCUUUUCUCCCAGCCCAAAGAGAAAAUGCGGUCCUAAUGCUAUAUUGAUUCAUAGACAGAGAGAAACAUUCUAACGCCGCGGAGAAACAUAAAGAGCCUUGCAGGAUUCAAGAAGGGGCAUACUUAUGUCUAGUGAAAGAGAGUCACUUGACUCACUUCAUUGAGAUUUUCAAAAAUUUAAAGUUUUGAUUUUUAGGUCAGUUCGAAAUAUAUUUUUUCUGGUGCUUGGUGACUUCGUGUGUGUGUGUGUCUCUCCCUCUUUUUUCCUGGUAGUGUUCUGUGUUGUCCUUCAGAGGGGUUGAGAGUUUUGGGUGUUAGUGUGUAAUGGAGAGUAAUGAUGACCAGAACUUGGAGGCGAUUAAUGCGUCGGUUGGAAGAUUGGUAUGGGUUCGCCGCCGUAAUGGUUCUUGGUGGCCCGGACAGACCUUGGUUCUUGACGAAAUUCCUGAUAACUCUUUGGUUUCUCCAAAAGUCGGCACUCCAAUAAAGCUUCUAGGUCGUGACGAUGUUAGCGUGGAUUGGUAUAUUCUUGAAAAUUCCAAGACUGUGAAGGCGUUUCGUUGUGGAGAGUAUGAUUCUUGCAUUGAGAAGGCAAAGGCUGCUGCAGCAGCAGCAAGCUCUAGUAAUAAAAAGGCUGCCAAGUGUACUCGCCGAGAAGACGCCAUUAAGAAUGCUCUCGAGAUUGAGAACGAACAUCUUGCAAAAGAAGAUCAUCCAGACGAUAAUUUGUGUACUUCCUCUGGUGAGGAAGACUCUAAAAGGUGUCUUUCUGGCAAAGGGGAUGAGGAUUCAGGCACCUCUGAUGCAGGAGAGGCUGAAGAUGAAUUGGAUUCAGCGCCAAAACAGUUGCAAUCCAGUAUGUCUUCCCAAGAAAUGAAUGAUGUUGGAGUUUCAAAGGUGCAGCCGAGGAGAAGAAGAACACCAAAUGACUCGGAAGAUGAUGGGACUGAAGGUGUCAAGCGAAUGAGAGGGCUUGAGGAUAUUGGGAAAGAACAGACUGGUGCUAUAAUCGAGCAUAGGCAAGAAAUGGGUUUGACCAGCGCUGUAUGCCUCAGUGAUUCAGUAUCGAAUGGGAAUAUCAUAGCUAAUGGGAACAAGGUAUGCUCCCCGUCAUCACUAAAAAGAAAAAGGGCACAAGUCCUAAAUGCUCAUGAGUGCUCUAAAAGGAAAAAUCGGCGCCGGCAAUUGACAAAGGUGUUAGAGAGUACAGCUAUGGUCUCUGUCCCUGUUACCUGUGACCAGCUUGUCAUUUAUGAUACCAAAGUAUCAGGAAUGGAGUCUGUUGAAUCAAUGAAAAGUGUAUCUGUUGUAAUCAACAAUAACUCAGAUAGCACAGGAAUAUCAUGCGAGGAUGCUUAUGAGAAUGUUGUUGGAGCCUCUCAUAACUACAAGGCAAAAGACAGUGAGAUUUCUAGCAUUUCAGUUUCGGCUGAGGAUGAUUCUUCUGACAGAUUAUUUGAUGUUCCAUUGAUUGGGGAUGAAAAACACUCUGAAGGUUUUCCAGCAGCUUGUAGAAUCUCCUCACCAAGGAGAGCUCUUGUUACUGAUUUAGCAAAGAGGCGUGGUCGGACUAGUCAGGAUGUUUUUGUUAAGAAUGAGGGAAGUAAUGGAUAUGCUUCUACAAGUCCACCAGUUUCAGAACCUGUCAACUCUAAUUUGAACGGGGUUGAGAAGAGUACUUCUAAGUGGCAGCUAAAAGGAAAGAGGAACUCGAGGCAGAUGAGUAAGAAACAAGAAUUGAGAAGAACUGUGUACGGAGAAGAAGCUAAUAACAACAGUUCUAUGCCUCAUUCUGGGCUGUACGAGGUGAAGAUUGAGGUAAAAUCAAACUACAGCAAACCCCGUAAUGUUCCCCUGGUAUCUCGUAUGAGUGAAUUGAAUGGUAAAGCUAUUGUUGGGCAUCCUUUAACUGUUGAAAUCUUGGAAGAAGACUACUGCAACGGUGUGGUCAUGUCUCAAGUCGUUGUGAAGACAAAGUCGUUGCCCAAAAAGAAUGGCAAGAAGAGGAAGUCACGUGGUGCUUGUUGGAAGCCAAAGAAGAAAUCGUCUUCCUUAUCGAUAAAGACAAGGCGGCUCUCUUCUCUAACGAGCCAGAGGUUGACGGAAAGAAGCAAGAAGCACACAACUGGAAAAGCAAAGCAAACGGUUGUAGCUUGUAUACCGUUGAAAGUAGUUUUCAGUAGGAUAAACGAAGUGCUGAAAGGCUCAGCAAGACAAACGCAACACCGAGCAUUGCCAUCUGCUGCCAAAACGUGAAAGAGAGAAGAGAGUCUUUCGGCUGGCUUCUUUUGCCUUCCCAUCAUUGAAUCUGCCUGGGUUUUGAUGCAUAAACUUGCUUUAGGAGUAGCUUGAUGAGUUUUGCCGUUUUGGGGUUUAAAGAGGAGACUUUUUUUAGCCGUGGAGAGACAGAGAAGCUGCAAGUGAGCAAAUGUAAAUACAUCAGUAGUUAGAGUUAGUGGUUAAGUUUGUAAAACGGGAUUUCAGAUUAGGUGGAAGGGAUGAGAUUGCUGCUUAGAAAGAAUUGCUUGUUUCAUUGAGAUGACUCGAAUUGUUUGGUUUUUGUUUUGUUUUGUACUCUUUAGAUUCUCUCUUGUCAAGAAAGAAGAUAGUCUUUUCUUUUCUUGCUCUGUAUUUGUAAUUCUGUUUCAGAAAGGUCACCAAAUCUUUGAACCA